AUGUUCAGGACACCGAGGAAAAGCGAUCGGGUGAACAAAGGCGUUCCACCCAAGAGAUAUGGAUUCGAAGAGUCUCCACACGAGGGGGAGGCUGAAGCGGAGAAUUUCCGCGAGACAGAGAAGUCUCUAUUGGAUCUAGAGAUCUCUGAAACCAGGAUGAAGCUGGAACUGAUCCAGCUGGAAAAGAAGAAGGCACUUGAGGCCAUGGGAAGUCGAUCAACUUCAACACCGAAAUUUUCACCCAAGUAUGCUCCGCGAAUUGAGCCAUUGGAUUCUGAUGACACAGAUGAUGAUCUGGAGACUCACUCUGCAGCUUCCCUGAGGAAGGAGUAUACCUCAGACAUGAAAAUGUUCAUGUCAAGGCAAACUAUGAUGAAAGAUAUGAAAACCUUCGACGGAAGCUACCAGGAGUGGCCAAUUUUCUCCAGCUGGUGGAACAGCACAGCGACAGCGUGUGAAUUCACGCAGGAAGAGGCUUUGACACAGCUCGAAAAAUGCCUGAAGGGAGAUGACCGGGAGACGGUUCAGUUCCUGCUGCACGAUUCGAGGAAUCUGCAGCUGAUUCUCGACAAAUUGGAGAAAAGGUUUGGACGUCCGGAAUUCCUCAUCAUGACGAUGAUGGAGAAGGUGAAUGAGCUGCCUCCGGUGAAGGAGGAAAAGCCUGAAUCCGUGAUGAAGUUUGCCUCAGCUGUGAGCAAUCUGGUGUCGUCCCUGGAGGUAAUGGGUAAGAGAAAUUAUCUUGAUAAUCCUCAAUUAAUGCGGGAAGUUGUGAACAAGCUUCCACUUUCCAUGAAAAUUCAGUGGUCAGAAUCAGAGGAGGCUGAGAUUGGUUCUUAUGUAACCAUGAAAACUCUUGCUGGGUGGUUGAACAAAAAAGCAGAGGCUGCUGUGAAUCGUAUGAUUCUCUGUGGGGAAUGUCCCAAGGGAAAAGACAAAAAUGGUCCAGAGAAAAAGUCCAAAGUCCUUGUUACAGCUGAGGCUGUUUUGAAGCCAUGUAAUCUUUGUAAUUCCACUGAGCACAUGGCCAAAGAUUGUGGGAGUUUUGUUAAAGCAUCUGUGGACCAAAGAUGGAAGAUUUUGACAAGCAAGAAGCUUUGCUUCCUGUGCUUGGGCAAAAAUCACAGUGCCCCUGAAUGUCGCAAAAAGCAAAAAUGUAAAAUCAAUGAUUGCGGCAAAAAACAUCAUGAGAUGCUCCACAAAGAAGUUGAACAGAGUGUUCAGCAGACUGAAGCAAAUCCCUCUACUUCAGUGACUGUAGAUGGCCAGGGAAGUAGCUCAGCUACUGUCAGUGGAAAUCAUGCCAGUAAUUCGGGAGGUCCGAAAGCAUCAGCUGAUGUUUCCGGAAAAGUGGUGCAUGUCAAUGCGCAAGCGACAGUACCGAGAAUGUUGAUGAAAAUCUUACCAGUGUACGUUACAGGUCCCAGAGGAACUAUCAAAGUUUAUGCCUUCCUAGAUGAGGGAUCUACUAUUACAAUGGUGAAGGACACUCUGGCAGAUAGAAUGGGCUUGACUGGACCUAACAAACCGCUGAGAUUCCAGGGAGCAUCUGGAUUGCCACAAAUUGACAACACCUCGAAAAGUGUUGAGAUGAAAAUUAGAGGCACAUUUUCUCAUGCACGAGAAUACACCCUCUACAAUGUGAGAACUAUGAAAGAAAUGAGCUUGCCACAGCAGACAACAUGGUGGAAGCUGAACCAGAAAUCCUCAUUGGACUCGAUAAUGUGGCAUUAA